AUGGCAGGACAUCAGAACCAGAUCACGUACCAUGUAAUCAAACCGGAACAGCAGCUUCCGCUUGUUGCGAUCCUUUGGACUCAUGCUCAAGCUCAGGAUAUUGUCUGGGAAGAUCCGGGUGGCUGUACCGUGGAAGUUGUACGGACCAGGUAAGGGAUUGUUUUAAGUCAUUUGGUUUUCAGGGCCAUAAACUGUGUUCAAAACCAGAUCUAAUUAGAAUUCUAGGCAUGGGAAUCUCCCAACUGCGCCAAACAACAAUCAGCCUGCGUAACCAGUGAGUUCAUCUCCCUCCUUCAAAAUACAAAGUAAACUAAAUUAAAAUAACCUUACAGACCCUAUCACAAAGCGAGCAUUUAACUCCUGGAACCCACUGUGGUCGUGUAAUCAACCCGGAACACCGGCAAGCGACUUCUGCUGUAGGCACACUUCAUUCUCUUCCUUGACUAUAGCUAGUAGACUGACCCUUCACAGGUGGCUAUGGUUCGACUUCCUGCUGCAAUUCUUCCUUCGUCCUCGGCACUACGGGAUCAGCCUUCAAACCCGGCGUUGACGCCUUUGUUGCAAACCUUACGUCAGGAAAUGCAACACCUACCUCCAUCGCCAACGCCAACGCCAUUGCCAACACCAGCGCGAACACCAGCACCCCCGACGCUGCAAAAUCUUCAGAUAAUUCAGAACUAGGAACGAAAGUCGGUCUCGGUGCAGGAAUUCCACUCGGAGUCUUGGUGCUUGGGCUACUAGCACUUCUAUUCUGGCGAGAGAGAAGCAGGAGAUCAUACAAGGGUAUCGAUACACCUAUGAAUUCUGUGAACAAUAACGUUUCUGGAGCAAUGGCAGGACAAUAUAUGCACAAUGACCAGGAGCAACGCCAGAACAGCUAUCAGAGCAAUGGGUCAAUGGUUGGGACCGGGAGUGUGUAUCAACAACAAGUUUCGCCCGCGCAGACUUACCAAUCUCCCGUUCAGAAAAUGGAUCAAUAUAGUUUUGCGCCUACGUAUGAAGCUCCAGCAAAUACUGCUCCUCAGGAGUUAUCCACCAGUCGAUGAUAUGGCGGCUUUAAAAGAAUUGGCGGGAAAGAGCAUCUGGCAUGACUUAUUGUGGUUUAGCGGUAUCUAUAUACGAAGGGCUCCGUCCUGAGCAGAAAAGGCAUUCAUGAUU